CUCAAUUGUCCAUUAUCAUCUGAAUUGACAAGACUAGACGAGUUGUAAGAAAGUUAAUUUUUUGUGGUGCAGUUUUUAAAGAGAAAAAAAAACCUGUAAAAAUGAACCGAAUUUGUACGAUAUUUUUGAUGGUCUUGUCCACAUCAUUCGCUGAGCCACCAUCAUUGACUUAUGGAGCACCUUCUUAUCCAUCUGGAUGGGAAACAAUCUCACCUGGAUAUUCAUAUGAGCCACUUGUUGCUUCAACUCACUACACAUCACAUGCUGUAGGUCAUAUUCCAUCCGAAGGUGCACAUAUUGAUGCAAAACUCCUUAAUACAGUAAAGCAAGUCAUUCUUGCUCAUGAAAACUCACAAAAUUCAGUCUCAAAACCAAGCGGUCUUUAUGGAGCACCAAAAGCUUCAUACGGUCCACCAAGUCACGGAUGGCAGCCAUGGACAUCAAGUCGCGUAUCUGAUCUUUGGUUCGAUCAUCCAACUCAAAGCUACCCAGUUGCUUACUACAUUGGACAUGACAGUUAUGCACCAGCACAUAAGGGAUGGCAACCAGCAAGCAAAGGAUGGGAAGCACCAAAAAAGACUGUCAUCAUUCAAGUUCCAAAGCAAACUUAUGGCGUACCUAGAUGGUAAAUUCAAAAUAAAAUCGAAUGGUGCAGAAGAGGUUCACAUUUCCAUCAUCAUUUAAAAUUUUUAAUACCUUUAAUUAUAAAACUGCUCGCAAAAAAAUAAAGUCACCGUUUUUAUUCGAAAAAAAAGCAAAAUUUCAACUUUUCACUUCGGAUGAAUCGCGUGAUGAUCGUCGUACCGG